AAAGAGAAAAAAGUAGAAGAAGAAAACAGUCCAAAAACAAAAUGUCAUCAACAGCUGCAGAAGAAAUUGAACUCCUAGAACGCGUAUUAUUGCGUCUGGGUGUUGCUGAUACCGAUGAGAAACUUGAGGCAACUGUUGGCCGGUUCCUGACACCGGUCAUCAUCAAGAUAACCUCUCCCCAUGACAAUGUCCGAUUGAAGGUCGUUGAAGUGCUUACGCACAUAAAGAGGCGUGUAACUUCCCGACCUCUGGUCCAAAUCCCGGUGGAAUCGCUGCUGGAUCAGUACAAGGCUUCGGGUGAGUCACCAUUUCUACAGAAUUUCGCCAUAAUCUUCAUUACCAUGGGAUACCCGAGGCUCCCGAUUAAGAAACAAACCGAAUUGGCAGCCAAGUUGAUUGCCUGCGAAGACAAAUUGGAAAACUAUCAGGAUAAAUUGUUCAUGUUGCUAUUGCCAUUGCUGGGGGACAUAAAGAUUCCUGAGGAUCCAGCUAAAAGGAAAGACCUGCUCGCCAUCGAUGAUAAGCCCGCCAUCAAGAAGAGCUUCUUGGGACUGCUUCAGGAUGUUCUCCUGGUUCCUUAUGGAUCAACUAACGACGUCAUCCCGGCUGGACUCAGUGCAAGUUCCUUUAAACGCAUCAACGCCAACAAUUGGAAGGCCGAGGAACUAGAAAAGAUAAAACAAGGAAUAGUCCGUUUCAUUUGCUCUGGAAUCUUUUCCGACUUGGAGAUCUUCAUUCUCCUCGUCAUAGCUUCAUCCGAUACCCGAUUCAGUGUAGCCACUCCGGCAAUUGCUGAACUGAGCAAAGUCUGCACCAUGCUCGACUUCACCGAUGGCCAUGUCACAGCUCCCUUGUACACACUCUUCUCGGGCAACAACUCCCCGAAUCCCGAUCGCAAGACAACUCCCUGCUGUGCUCGUGUCCGUCAAAAACUCCUUCAGUAUCUGAUCAAGGCCCGUGGCAAGGGAAUCAACACUCCCAAAGGGAUCCAGGUCAUCUUCGAGGGUCUCUUCGGGGAGUUCACCAACCAGAAGUGUCGCGUGUUGGCUCUGCAAUUCUGUGAAAUCCUCAUCAAAGAGGGACCCAUCGAGAUAGUGUCGAAAGUGGCCAAAGUAAUUCUGACUGGUCUAUCGAAGCUCAUCGGUCGGGAAGCUGACGAACCGGUAGAUGUUCAGAAUGCCGCCUAUUCAGCGCUGGCUCAACUCUCCCGGACCUGUCCGAAUGUCAUCAAUCAGGAUUUGAAGAUAGUUCUGUCGUAUUUCAAUCACUUGGCCAAUGCACAGCCGGAAUUGCAUUCCUCGAUUAGGGAAGCUUUGAUCUCGAUGGCUCCGGCGUUUGCCUACAAUUCAACCAUGGAAACAGACAACAGCAAGGAUGACUACCAGCUUGACUCACAGCAACAUCUCCUGUUGGCCAUGUUGGCGGAUAACGCCGAGUCCAAGUUGAACAUUGUCCAGAAUGUCACGAGUAUUUUCUUGACGACUUGUUUCCCGGAGCAUUUUGCACCAGCCAGGUUCCUCCUGCUUCUCAUUGCUGGAGAGAGGAACUCCUUAAGAGAGACUGUCACAUCCUAUCUCUAUGGAGUGUCCAAAAAAGACCAAGUCAACUACAACUAUCUCUCGUCGAUUGACUUCCCCGAGGGAACUGUGGAUGAUUUCAACAAACUUAGCUCCGAACAGAGACGUGUGGUGAUUCCCGGAUUCAAGCCAAUGAUGAGACACGUUGCCGAUGUCGCCAAGAAGCGUCUAGCCAAGAAUACCCAAUGCGUCGUGGUUGGAAGAACUAAGUUGGCCUUCAAUUUGAAUGUCUACGAGGAGAUCCUCGACUACCUGAGAGUCUGUCUCUGGUAUUCGGCUGGAGUCAAAGGAGGCCCUGGAGACGAGAAGAACACCAUGCAGCUCAAGAACUACAUCAUGAAGAACUUCGCAGAGAGCGAGGAGAAUGAAAUCCAUCAAUACCUGCAAUUGGUUCAGAAAUCCGUGGAAGCUAAGAGGAGUGAAGGAAGUCUCCUUUGUUUGUAUGAUCUUCUCAACGCCGCUCCAGAAAUUCUCGCAAAACCUCAAAUGCAUUUAAUGGAAUCGUUGGCAAAUUCCCUCAAAGAUGUCUCCGAGACAACGAGGUUACAUGUCGCCCAAGUCUAUGGGAUUCUUUUGGCCUAUGGAACCGAUCAGAAGGAAUUCGACUCCCAGAUUUCAGAGAUUCUCGCUGGACUUCCCCAGAAAUCUCUCGAGAAUCGUCAUGGUUGGUUGUUGGUUCUGGGGCAUGCCUACAGCAGACGUAUUGAGUCCAUUAGCAAGGUAGAGGAGAAGAAGCAGUUCAGCAAGGCACCACAGUUCAUUGGAAGUGUGAAGGUUCUUGUAAAAAUGCUCUGCGAGACUCAGCCACUCUUGGUGUCGGCUGCAAUUAAGGGCAUCUCGAUGAUUGGUAGGACCGUCGAAAUCCCUAACUUUGAUGUCGAGAUACCAAUCCAGAAAGAUGACGAGAAUGAUGACGCUAUGGAUGAGGACAAAACUGCUUCUGUGUCCACAAAAUUCAUAAUUUUCGGAGUGAUCUUUGGCCUCCUGAGGAGCUCCUCGGUGAGAGCUAAGAUUCGUGAAGAUGCCUGCAGGUGCUUGGGCAGUCUAGCCAUCGGCGAUGGUCUCCACUUUACCACCAAGAAUCUUGAUAAGUUCCUUUCUCUGGUCAAGGUUCAGAAAGAUGCUGCUCUAAACAUCGCAAUCUCGGAGGCUAUUGUCUCGACAAUCAAUGGAUACGAUCCAAGUUGUGGACCACCAAGUGUGGGUUUUGUGAAUACACAUUGCGACGAUAAGGCUUUUGAGAAAUUCUUGAAUUCUUUGGUCAAGAUUGUCACUGAUCCAAAUCCCAACUCAAGACAGGCGAGCGCUGUGUGGCUCUUGGCUGUGGUGAAGCACUGCAGCAGCCGACCAAGUGUCUUGGCUAAGAAGCAACUCCUUCAGUUUGCCUUUACAGAGCUUCUCUCUGACGACAGUGAAUUCGUUCAGGACGUUGCAUCUCGAGGUCUGGGUCUGGUGUACUCCCUCUCCGACAGCAACAGCCAAAACGACCUGGCCAACUCCCUUCUCGACCAGCUUAUUGGUGGCAAAAAGAAGGUCAACCAAGUGGCCGAGGACACAGAGCUCUUUGCCGAGGGAAUGUUGGGAAAAACUCCCACCGGAGGCAACAUCACAACCUACAAGGAGCUCUGCAGUCUGGCCUCGGAUCUCAAUCAACCCGAAAUGAUUUAUCAGUUCAUGCAAUUGGCCAAUCACAAUGCCACCUGGACCAGCAAACUGGGAGCCGCAUUUGGUCUGAAAUCGAUCUCCAAGGAUGCCAAAACUAAAAUGCAACCGUAUUUGGGAAAAAUCAUUCCCCGCUUGUAUCGCUACAAGUACGAUCCGACGCCAAAAAUCCAAAAUUCCAUGAUCUCCAUUUGGGAUUCGAUUGUUGCUGAUUCCAAGUCUGUGGUGGAGGAGUACUAUUGGGAGAUUAUGAGGGAGAUUCUGGAUAAUUUGACGUUCAACGAGUGGAGGGUGAGGAUUGCGUGUUGUUUGGCUGUGAGGGAUUUGAUACGCAGACCGAAUGGCUUGAGAUUGAGGACAGAGGAGGCAGCAACAGCAAGGAAGAAGACUGAUGCUAUGGAAGUUGAUAAUGAAGUUCCAGAACCUGAGUUAAAAGAACUCUGGUCACAGUUGUUCCGGGUCAUGGAUGACAUACACGAGGGCACGCGUCUGGCAGCUCAAGGAACAGUUUCAACUCUUAGCAAGAUCUGUGUAAAAGCCUCGUCGAGUGAUCAUGGGAAGUCUGGUCUAGCUGUUGCGUCUUCCAUUUUACCUUUGCUUUUAGAGACCGGAGUUGGUCAUACCGUAGCCGACAUAAGGAAAGUUAGCAUUCAAACUAUUUCCGAAAUGAUUGAGUCUUCGGGAUCUCUUAUUACCCCGCAUUUACCUUCGUUGAUUCCGUGUUUAUUAAAAGCCACCGGAGAAUUGGAGUCUUCUAAACUUUCCUAUUUAUCCACAAGACUUGGAGCCGAAGCUGAAGCUCAAGAAGCUGUUGAUUCGAUCAGAGCUGAGGCUGCAAAAUCUCAUCAUACCACCGAGACUACAGCUAAGUGUAUUCGUCAUGUGGAUUAUGCAGCUCUGGAGAAGAUGACACCAGAAAUCCUCGAGCUCAUCAAGACGAGUAUGAAUUUGGGAACGAAAAUUGCUUGUGCACAUUUUGUCUGCUUGGUAAGCAUCCGUUUGGGUAAGGAGAUGACUCCACUCGUGGGUAAGUACUUGGGGGCCUGUUUCACUGGCCUCAAGGAUCGCAAUGCCACAGUUAGGAAGUAUUACGCAAGUGCACUUGGUCAUCUUAUGGGCAUCGCCAAAGAGCAAUCUAUAAAGAACCUGUUCGUGAAGCUCGAUGAGCUGUACACAGAGAAUCCUUCGAAUCGAUCAAUUGCCCUGACAAUUCAGUCGAUAAACAAACGUCAUCAUGAACUUCUCAAGGACUACACAGAAAGCACUAUUCCUUUGAUCUUCUAUGCCAUGCAUGAGGAGUCGAAUGAGGAGAACAAGAGCAACAUCGAGCUAUGGAAGGAUCUGUGGAAUGAAGUGAGUCCUGGCGAUGCCGGCAUUCGACUGAAUUUGAAUGUGAUCAUACCCAAACUCGAGAAGUCCCUGGAAGAUCCCAGUUGGUUGAGGAAGGCACAGAGCGCCAAUGCCAUAAAUACCAUUGCCAAGCGGUUGAACACCACCCUGGAGGAUGCAGAGCGUUUGAGACUUAUCAAUUUACUUUUGGGUGCUCUCCAAGGGAGGACCUUCCAGGGAAAGGAACGUCUGUUGCAGGCUCUGGCAGGACUUUGCAAGGGUUUGGAUAAGAAUCAUGAAAUUUGCAGUAAGAUCAUCGAUGCUGCACUCAAAGAAUGCAAAAAGGAGGAGCCUCAAUAUCGAACCAUGGUGCUGUGUUCGUUGGGAGAUAUUCUCGAGGAACUGGAAGCUGAUCGAUUCGAGGAGGUUUACAACAUGAUUUGGUAUUUAUUGGAUAAGAAAGAUCUCAAGAGCGACGAAGACGACGACAUGGGUGAGUUGAACGCCGAUCAGCGGAAUAAGAGAGCGAACCUCUUCAACAAGCUCAAGGAAACUGUCUGCGAAACACUUGGCAAAUCCUGGCCAAAGAACUCGGAGACAACUCAAGCCAAGUAUCAAGUUCAAUUUGCUGAAAGGUGUUCUCAGUGUCUGAAGGACAAUACACGUCCAGUUCAGGUUAGUCUGAUGAUUGCCAUGACGAAGUUUGUGGAGAGAUUGAAAGUUCUUGAAGCCGAAACGGAUGAAAAUAAGGAGAAGAAACUGAAGGUGGAUUCCUCGAAUGAUUCGAUAAAAGAGAAGAUAUGCACCGAUGUCUUGGGAGCUGUUACUUAUGCAUCAGGUUUACCUCAUACUGGACUGAAGAAAGAAUCGUUAAAUAUUGUCCUCGUUUUGAUCAAGAAACUCUCAGAAGCUCACGAUGAACGGAAUCUUGCUCUUGUAAAGAAAAUAUUCGAUGAAUCACUGCAGAGAUUUGAAAAGGAUUCAGCUCCUGAGGUGCGCUGUCGUAUUAAGGACAUCGAAGAAAAACUCAGUAAGAUUAAAAGUUAGAGGGGUUUCGUUGGUUUAAGAGGAGGGAAUUUCAACUAAAUAAGUUUGUUUAAAUUGAUUCAAUUCAAAACAUUUAAGUUAAGAAUCAUUUAAAUACAACAAAAAAAAACUAUUAAUAAUUAUUCGUGGAUUGAGUCUGCAAAAGUAAAAGAAAAA